AUGUCGCCGAGGAGGCUAGAGGCCGUGGCGGCGCUGUUCAUGCUCAUGCUUUUCAAUGCUUCAGGAGCUUUUGUUGGUAUCAACAUUGGCACUGGGGUGUCUGACCUGCCAUCAGCAUCAGACAUAGUCUCCACCCUUAAAGCCAUGAAGAUCCAACAUGUUCGCUUGGUUGAUUCAGACCAUCAAAUGCUAGUCGCCCUCGCGAACACCGGAAUCGAAGUGAUGGUCGGGGUGCCAAACGAUCAGCUGCUCCGCGUGGGGCAGUCUCGUCCGGCAGCUGCUGAUUGGGUCAACAAGAAUGUUGCUGCCUACACUCCGGCAACAAACAUCACGUAUAUCGCCGUGGGCGAUGAGGUUCUAACCAGUAUCCCAAAUGCAGCUCUUGUUCUGGUACCUGCAUUGCAGUUCCUCCAGUCAGCACUGUUGGCUGCAAACCUCAAUACCCAAGUGAAACUAUCAAGUCCUCACUCAAUGGAUAUGAUCCCUAAGGCAUUUCCUCCCUCCACCGCCACUUUCAACUCGACGUGGAGCUCGGUAAUGCUUCCAUAUCUUCAGUUUCUGAAGAGUACAGGAUCUUCCUUCAUGCUGAAUGCUCAACCAUACUAUAGCUAUGUGGGAGGGCAAGGUGUGUUCCCUUUGGAGUAUGCCCUGUUCCGAUCACUCAAUCCCAACAGUCAGGUUGCGGAUCCCAACACCAAUUUGUUCUAUACCAACAUGUUUGAUGCUAUGGUUGAUGCUGCGUACAACUCGAUGAAAGCCAUGAAUUUCACCAAUAUUUCUGUUAUAGUCACUGCUUCUGGUUGGCCAUGGCGUGGUGGGCGAAAUGAGCCGGCUGCUGAUGUUGACAAUGCUCUGGCCUACAAUACAAAUCUCAUACGCCAUGUGCUAAAUAAUUCUGGUACCCCUAGCCAGCCAAAUAACCAAGCAAGCACAUACCUAUUUGAGUUGUUCAACGAGGAUCGUCGGGCUGGACCUGUUUCGGAGCAAAAUUGGGGCAUCAUGUUUACCAACGCAAGUGCGGUGUACUCCCUGACAUUUGAAGAUGUGGCCACAAAUAACACUGACUCGCCGGCUUUGCGCGGGAUGUUUUGUGUGGCAAAUUCAAGUGCAGCCCAUAGUGCAUUGAAGCAAAGCUUGGAUUGGGUAUGUGGCCCUGGCUCCGCAAACUGCAGUGCCAUUCAACCUGGGCAGCAAUGCUAUAAAGCAGAUGACAUUGUAGCUGUUGCUUCGUAUGCUUUCAACGAUUAUUAUCAUAGAACACAAGCGAGUGGCGGUACAUGCAACUUUAAUGGCACAGCAACCAUAUCAUCUAUGGAUCCAAGCCAUGGAUCAUGUGUUUUCGCAGGAAGCACCGGCGCUAAUGGCAGCAACACUGAUGCGGCUGCUGGUCCUGUGAGCCAAGACAGUUUUGCCUCACAAUCCCAGUCUUGCUGGUUGACUUGCCUAGCUGCUGUGCUUCUGCCUGUUGUACUUCUCAUGUAA